ACAGAAUGUCCAUCAUGUGAUAUUCUGUUACACAAUAACCUCGUUCACGUAUUUGAUUACAUUGUCCACUGUGUGUCGAUCUUAAUGUUUUCUUCUUUCGAUUCCCGUAAGAAAGAUUAACAAAGCUGAUUGGCUGACUGGGAAAAUUGUGAUCAUCUCAUUGGUUAUCGAAGUAAACAUUUAUCGUCUGCCUCAUAAAAUUGUCAAAGGCGGAAUAUUUGGUCGCCAUUUUCUCUCUCCAGUUAUUAGUGACAUUGUAAACGUCAAAAUGCCCGUCUGUGGUGGAAUCGAUCCAAAUGUCAAACCGGCCGACGAUACUGUUAAAGGUAUUAUUGAAAAGGUGAAAGAAGAAAUACAAACAAAAAUUGGAAGAGUAUUUGAAAAAUUCGAAGCAGUUUCAUAUACAACUCAACUAGUGAAUGGAGUAAAUUAUUUUGUUAAGGUUCAAGUUGGAGAUGGUGAACACCUUCAUGUGAGAGCUCAUAAAUCAUUUCAAGGUGAAGUCACUCUUUCAGCUUAUCAAGAAGGAAAAGCUUUGGAAGAUGAAAUAGUGUAUUUUCAAUAACAUUUUUGAAUCAUUUCUGUAAAUGUAAAAUCUGUUAAAGAUAUGUAAGAUUAUAAUCAGAAUCUUUAUAUUUAUAUUGUGAAUUAUCUGUGGAUUAUAAAUGCAUUUCAUAUAUAAAAUGUUUAUUUUUUUAAAUUUAAUAUUGAAUUUGUUAAACUUAUAAUAAAGGAAGGAAUUUAAUAAAUUUAUAUUUCUGUAAUUACAAAUUAAACAAACUUUAUGUAUAAAUUCAUAAUAAGUUACAGUACAGUUGCCACUUGUAUUAAAAUUUUAUUCUAGAAUUUCUAAUGAUUAUCUAUAACAGGACUUUCCAGUGGGGUUAAUGAAAUUUUGAAAGGGGGUUUAGUGAGCAAGUUAGUUACAAAUUGUAUUUACUAAAUAAUUAAAUAUUAAAUUAAUUAUAUAUGCAUGUACAAUCAUUUAAAACUUCUUGAAAAUAUUUUCAAAACUUUCCAAAUAUAAAAAAUUUUAAGGGAGUCAAUGGAAAAAAUUAUUCUUAAAGGGUCAGUUGUGAAAAAGGUUGGGAACCUCUGAUCUAGAAUAUUAAGAUUUAUGGAGAAAAGCAUAUUUAUAUGAGAUUUAGGUAGACAAAAAAUUUAAAUAAAUAUUUUUUAUAUGACAAAUUAGUUUCUAGUUUAACAGGAUUAGAUAGGAAGUUCCUGUUUUCUUCUAGAUCUGUUUAUAUUUCAUGGCAAGUCUCUUAAUUUGUCUGUAAUUUGCAUUUAUUACUUUGUGCAAUUAUAAAGUAUUAUACUCAAGAAUAUAUAUAUACCCUAAUAUAUAUAUUCUAGGGUAUAUUAGGGUUAUA